GCGCCCGCGGGCGCGCCCGCGGGCGCGGCGCCGCCGCGUGCGGUGCCGCCCGCGCGGGCGGCGACGUGCCCGGAGCGGCAGGAGCAGGAGAACGACGACAUACACUUCAUUCAGGUCCGCGCCCCGAGGCCGCAGGCGGUGCAGCGCCGCAGCGGCGUCGCCGAAGGCGCGGCGGACGCCGCCCUUGCAGCUGCCGCCCCUGCGCCUCCCGUCGAGGAGCCUGCAAGAGGGCCGCCGCCGUCCUUCGUGCAG